AUGACGACCGUCGUACAGCUCCGCCAACCCCUACAAGCAUUGAGCAUGAGCAACCAGUCUGAGUCGCGCCGAAAGAGCAAACGCCUUGCUGGUAUUUUGCGAUGGAGACUGACAUCGGCUUGCGACUUUGUAGCGGCGGCAACGUACGACGAGCAAGAUGGUGACUUUUUGUUUACGCGCGGUUCGAAGAGGCAAAAAACGGGAAAGGAGAAGACAUCAUCAGUCAAAGGGCCACCUCCGCCUGCGCCAGAACCGGAACCUGCACCCGCGCCUGUGGUGAAAAAGCCAAGGGGAAGGCCGAUCACGGGAAAGAAACGCGCCGCAUCGCCGCCGCCGCCGCCGCCGCCGCAGCAGCAGCAGCAACAGGAAGAGGCUGCUCCGGUGACCACAUCGAAAAGACCACAGCGCAGGAAACUUGACUCGUCACCGCCUACGCAGGAUAAAACACUAGAUGCGUCUAAGAAGCGACCUAUGCGAAGGACGAGGAGUUCUACGGCGGAUCUCGCUGAUGAGGUGCAGAUUGAGGAACCACGAACUGUCAGCCAGACGAACGGGACCAAGCCGACGAAAGAUGGAGGGGUUAAGAAGACCAGCCGCAAAACAUCGCGCAAAAAGCAGCCCGAACGGAUCGAGGAAGACGACGAGCAUGACGUCCAAGCAACCCCUGAGAACGUCGACAAGGACUCGAACGUGACAAAGAUAGCGCUCCCGUUCUCCGACACGCCCAUUAACAACCGCAAUAAAGAGUUCCGUAAGAAAGGAGGCGCGGGAGCGGGGGGUGGGAGGAGGAGCAGUAUGAGCAUGCGCGGGCGGCGGGCGAGCUCUCUGAUCGAGAGCGGGCACAGCGCUAUUCCGCACCGGGAGGUCGACCCGUCUGAGUUUUUCAAGCACAUCGAGGCAGAAGGUCUUAGUGAGCCGCGGCGAAUGAAGCAGUUGCUCACAUGGUGUGGUGAGAGGGCUCUUAGUGAGAAGCCCAAGCACGGAACCACUGGGGCCAAUGCUGUUUUGGGAGCUCGUGCGAUCGAGGACCAGCUGCUCAAAGACUUUGGGUCGAAAUCGGAGUUCUCCGACUGGUUCAGCAGAGAAGAUGAUGAGCCCUCUGCUGCGGCUAAAGCGAAGAGGCCAGUGGUGAUCAGGCCCAAUCCCGUCAACGUGGAACACGAGCAAAAAAUUGCUGCGUUAGAAGCCCGGAUAAAACGGUUAAAAGAGGCGCGCAAAUCGUGGCGAGCACUUCAGACACUUUUGCCCCAAGUACCGCCGCUAUACCCACCAGAUGUCGACCUGAAGAAGGCGCCGCCUUUACCCGAGUCCUCGCUUCUCGAUACCGAGGAAGCCAAGAUACUCGAGUCUCUAACGGAGUCGUCAUCAUCUUUUGCACAUCUCAAGUCCACCACAAGGUCACGCCUUCAAGAGAUCCAGUCUGUCGUCGAGUUCAAAGUGGAUGAUCUCGCGGACAGCAUACAUAAGAUGAACAUGAGGGUAAUGACGGCAGGGAAGCAAGCGGAUAAGGUACUGGCUCUUGGUUCUCAGAGGCUCAAGGAGCGGGAAGAGAAGGAAAAGGAGGCUGCAGGGACGAAGGAGAUGCCUGUGAUGGAAGUGCUGAGGAGCUUGGGGAGGAUCCUACCCGAGAACGGCGGGUGA